GGCUUUCUCUUCCUUUUACUAUAACUUUCUGCAAUCAAUUCUGAUCACCAAAAUCAAAACUCCAAAAUGGCUUUGUUUCUUUGCUUCCUCUUCUUCUUUCUCAUCUCCUCUGCCUCUGCUUGUGACCGCUGUAGGCACCAAUCCAAGGCAGCCUAUUUCUCCACAGCCUCUGCACUUUCAUCUGGGGCUUGUGGGUAUGGUUCCUUGGCCUUGGGACUUGGUGGAGGACACCUUGCAGCUGGUGUGCCUUCCCUCUACAAAGAUGGAGCUGGCUGUGGUGCAUGCUUCCAGAUAAGAUGCAAGAACACAACUCUUUGCACAAAACAAGGGACCAGAGUUACUUUGACUGAUCUCAAUAAAAGUAAUCAGACAGAUUUUGUUCUCAGCAGCAGAGCUUUCAUGGCCAUGGCUCAAAAGGGUUUGGGCCAAGACAUUUUGAGACACGGCAUUGUCGAUGUGGAAUAUAAGAGGGUACCAUGUGAAUACAAAAACCAAAAUCUAGCCUUGCGUGUGGAAGAAUCGAGCCAAAAGCCACAUUACUUAGCAAUCAAAAUUCUGUAUCAAGGUGGUCAGACAGAAAUAGUAGCAAUUGAUGUUGCUCAGGUUGGUUCUUCAAAUUGGGGUUUCCUGACUCGAAACAAUGGGGCAAUCUGGGACACGAGUAGGGUUCCGGCAGGGGGCCUACAGUUCCGGUUCUUGGUGACGGCCGGGUACGAUGGGAAGACGGUUUGGGCACAGAAUGUGCUCCCUGCUAACUGGAAACCUGGGAUGAUAUAUGACACAAAAGUUCAAAUCAGUGACAUUGCACAAGAGGGUUGCUCUACUUGUGAUGAUGGGAGCUGGAAAUGAGCUUAAAGUUGGAUGUUUUGUCCCUGCUUCUCUAAAUACACAUAAUAUAGUUCAGCUACACUAAAAUCAAUUCGUUUGUAACAUUAGAGUUAGGAGGUUAGGCGUAUUUUAUGUGUUUAGAGAUUUAUUUGUCAAUUUUUGUUACUUUUCAACUCUUGUAAUGUAAUAUGUAACAUGUAAAUUUCGUGUUACUUAUAUUUGGGCCACUUUAAUGCUUAAUAACAAUGGCAUUCUUUAAAGAUUA